AUGCGCACAACUCAACUUCUCUCCAUAUCUGUCCCCGUGCCGGGAACUCUCCCUCCGGGCGCCGUGUUAGCUGCUCUGCAGGCCGUUGAUCCAUUCGUCGCCCACCACCGAACUGUAACAAAGUUGGAGGAAGUCCCAGCAAAUCCGGCAGAUACUGCGGAGGACCCUUUCUUUGGGCCCUUUGACGACACCUUUCGUGCCUUUGAGAUGCAGGAGCUCGUCAACCUCGCUCCUGGUCUGGGUAAAACGAUAACUUAUAGGGCCAUUUUCCAAGUCAUUCCCGACGGCUUGCGUUCAAGGGCCAAAGCUCCCGUGGGCGUCGUUGUCCGAGCUCAAUGGCAAGUACGCCAACAGCAGCGCGACCGAUCAGCUACUGGGCCAAUAUCGCCUGCAGGCUCGGACAGCACGGCAUCGGGCAGUACGACGACGGUUGAAGGGGACGAGUUUGAACUUCAUGAACAAGUUCUUCUCGAAGCCAAUUCGCUGCUGAUGCCCUUCAUCACAGAGUCAUGUGUAUCAGUCCACCGUGAGAUUUGCGAGAAUUUCAUGGCGGCAACGUUCAAAGAAUACUUUGGAACAUUUCCAAUGCAUUAA